GGUCACACAAACUCGCUGAACUGACUGGCACAAAAACAUCUCAUCCAAAGGCCUGCUUUUGGACGCUGUCAGUGCCUUUGCUCUGCAAUGCGGACGCUCAGUCAUUUGAGACGGCUGAAGACGACGCUGGUGCCAGAGUUCCACAGCUGGUGUAAAUUACAAGCACCAAAUGCAGCUGGGAAGCAGUUACCUAGAAUCUAUGUGACCCGGCGGAUUCCACCGGAUGGGAUGAAGAUCCUGAGCCAGUCAGGGCUCUGCAGCAUUGAGCAGUGGGAUUCGGAUGAGCCCGUGCCACGCUCGGAACUCCUGGCGAAGGUUGCUGGGAUUCGAGGCCUGUAUUGCCUCCUGACAGAGAAGAUAGAUGCCGAAGUGCUGGAUGCGGCAGGGCCCAGCCUGCAGGUGGUCAGCACGAUGUCAGUGGGCUAUGAUCAUGUGUCUCUGGAGGAGCUGAAGAAGAGAGGAAUCAGAUUAGGAUACACACCAGACGUAUUGACUGAAGCAGUUGCUGAACUGACAGUUGCUCUUCUUCUGGCAACCUCCCGUCGACUGUUAGAAGCUGUGCAUGAAGCUAAGAACGGUGGCUGGGGAACCUGGAAGCCUCUGUGGAUGUGUGGCUAUGGUCUGACAGACAGCACUGUGGGGAUUCUAGGACUUGGAAGAAUAGGAGCAGCUGUCACGGCCCGGUUAAAGCCAUUUGGAGUCAAGAGAUUCCUCUAUGCCGACACUGGCCCGAGACCUGACAUGGCCACCAAGAUCCCGGCCGAGUUUGUGCCACUGGAGGAAUUGGCUCGGCAUUCGGACUUCAUCGUUGUGUGCUGUGCCUUAACGCCUGAAACACAGGGCAUCUGUGGCAACGGUCUUUUCUCCCUAAUGAAGGAUACUGCCAUCUUUAUCAACACCAGCAGGGGUGGUGUAGUGAACCAGGAAGACCUGUACCAGGCAUUGGUCAAUGGUCAGAUUGCAGCUGCUGGUCUGGAUGUCACAGAGCCCGAGCCUCUGCCUACAGAUCAUCCUCUUUUUAAACUUAAAAACUGUGAAGUGAAAGUCCUUUAGGGGCAAAUUAGGGAAGGAGGCAGUUAACUACAAAUUUGGUGGCUUAGAUGUGCCCGUACAUUUUCACCCUUGCUCUAAGACAGAUACUGGAUGUGUAAGUAUGGCUUGCUGUGUAUUUCCAUGGGCCUCACUUGUCUGGCAUACACAAAGUAAAACAUAACACUACAAAGUGUUUAUCUAAAGCUCUAGGCUAUUGCAUUUAUUUGGCAAGUUGCAUAGCCUAUAUUCAUUAUCGAUGUGCUGUAAUGCAUCCACACAAGGAGGUUGAAUUAACUAGCUAUGAUACAGAUCCCCCAAUCCCCAGCCUCAGUGUAUUUAUUGUGAGAACAUCCCUCAGAGGUAGGGAAGUGCCAUUGUCAAGAUGAGAAACUGAGAUUAAGUGACCAGAAAUCUGUGGUAGAGCAAGGAAUUGAACUUGAGUCUACCAGAAGUGCAAGCUAGGGCCCUAGCCGCUGGACUAGACUUCCUCUCCAAUUAAGGUUGCAUGGACCACCUUGACUGUCAGAGGACUCAGCGGGGCAACCCUUGUGUUCCAGUGACAUAUUUUUCUCUGGAAUUUCUGGUGGGUUUUUAAAAGAAAAAAGAUGAGGAAAAAGAGGAAAAAAAACAUUCAAAAGCAAGUGCUUCACUCUGCAGACCUUUGCUGGAGUGCAAAGAAUUCAUAAUGACGUGUAAAUUCCAUAUUGUGGAACUAUUUAGCAAGAUACCAUCAGAAAAACAGCUCCCAUGCCUUUAAAAGGCCCACGCCAGAGCUCUGGUCCCACCAACCUCAGGAGUGGUACAACAAGCCCAUCAAAACAGUGUUAUACAAAGAGUGCCAGAGCGCUCCCUAACCCUCAUGGCAACUUACAGGAAGCUAGGCCCCGCUCUGUGCUCCAUCACCUUUGCGCUAUGUUCCAGUGGGAACGUUGCUGAAAAGGGUGGCAAGGAUAUUUUUACAGUGGGGGACAUGUAUUUGCUUUACUCCCCGCCUUAAAUGGCUGAACUGGGUUUGCUCAAACUACCAAAACAAAAAAUCACAUGCCAGAAGAGACCAAACCUAAAACAUCGUAGCCCCAAAGCCAGAAGCUUCAGUAAGUUCUGAGUGAGAUACGCGAGACUGGAGAUGCCGUGUUAGAAGGGAAACUGCUACAUGAACUUACCUACAGCAAUAACAGCUACCGCCCCGUCUGCUAACAUUCAGGGGGCUAGGGUCUGGCCUGGCAGUGGGAAACCGAGCCCCGGGACCCAUGCUGGGCAGGUCUGUACAGGGCCGGCUCCAGGCACCAGCAUUCCAAGCCGGUGCUUGGGGCGGCAAUCUGCAAGAGGCGGCAGUCCCUGUGUUUUUGCCCCCAAGCAGUGUGCCA